UCACCGCCGCUCUCUCUUCCUCUCCAACAUGAAUAUGCCAUUGCUACUCCUCAUCGCCAUCGUCGUCGUCUCCCUCUCCCAUGGCAACGGGGAGCAGACCGACCUCACGCGGGAGACGUUCCCCGCGGGCUUCGUCUUCGGCACCGCGUCGUCGGCGUACCAGGUGGAGGGGAACGCCCUCCAGUAUGGCCGAGGGCCCUGCAUCUGGGACACCUUCCUGAUGCAACCUGGUGUAACUCCUGAUAAUUCGACCGCGAAUGUGACCGUCGACGAGUACCACCGCUACAUGGAUGAUGUGGACAACAUGGUGAGAGUGGGCUUCGACGCGUAUCGCUUCUCGAUCUCCUGGUCUCGCAUUUUCCCCAGUGGACUUGGGAAGAUUAACAAAGACGGCGUGGAUUAUUACCACAGGCUCAUUGAUUACAUGCUUGCUAACAACAUUAUUCCAUAUGUUGUGCUCUACCACUACGACCUUCCACAGGUGCUCCAUGAUCAAUACAAGGGAUGGCUACACCCCAGAAUUGUGAGAGAUUUUGUGAGAUUUGCAGACUUCUGCUUCAAGACAUAUGGUCAUAAGGUGAAGAACUGGUUUACCAUUAACGAACCUAGGAUGAUGGCAAAUCAUGGCUACGGUGACGGCUUCUUCCCCCCUGGCAGAUGCACCGGCUGCCAACCCGGUGGGAAUUCCGCCACCGAGCCUUACAUCGCAGCCCAUAACCUUCUCCUUUCACAUGCCGCUGCUGUCAGGACAUAUCGUGACAAGUACCAGGCUAUUCAGAAGGGGAAGAUUGGCAUCCUUCUCGAUUUUGUAUGGUAUGAGCCACUCACCGACAAAGAAGAGGAUCACGCAGCUGCACAUAGAGCCAGGGAGUUUACCCUUGGCUGGUACCUGCACCCGAUUACAUAUGGUCAUUACCCAGAAACUAUGCAGAAUGCUGUUAAGGAAAGGCUGCCCAAUUUCACACGUGAGCAGUCUGAGAUGAUAAAAGGAUCAGCGGAUUAUAUUGCGAUCAACCAUUACACAACUUAUUAUGUCAGUCACCACGUCAACAAGACAUCCAUCAGCUAUCUCAAUGAUUGGGAUGUGAAAAUUUCAUAUGAGCGUAACGGUGUGCCAAUUGGGAAACAGGCGUACUCGAACUGGCUUUAUGUUGUUCCUUGGGGGAUCUACAAAGCUGUCAUGCAUGUCAAGGAGAAGUACAAGGACCCCAUUAUAAUCAUCGGAGAAAAUGGCAUUGACCAGCCAGGCAAUGAGACCCUACCUGGUGCACUGUAUGACUUCUUCAGGAUACAAUAUUUUGAUCAGUACCUCCAUGAGCUUAAGAGGGCGAUCAAGGAUGGUGCAAGGGUCACUGGGUAUUUUGCUUGGUCCCUGCUUGACAACUUCGAGUGGCGGCUCGGGUUCACUUCAAAAUUCGGAAUCGUCUAUGUAGACCGGAGCACUUUCACACGGUACCCUAAAGACUCAACACGUUGGUUCAGGAAGAUGAUAAAAAGUGAGGUUUGAGUUGGAUUAUUAUCACUGUUGGCAGCUGCUGGAGUGCUUUUUUGUUAUGCUAGUUUUGGUUGUAUGAAUAAUAAGAUGUCUUGUACUAGUUGAGAACUUCUUCAGAUUUUGUACUUCUAGUAUUCUACUUUUUGUACUUCAGAUUUUGCAAGCAAGGAUGAUUUUAGUUUAAUAGAUUCAGGACAUCUAUAUAUACUGGUGAUAAGAGAGGCAGAUUUCAAUUUUUGGCUUGAA